GUGGGAAGUGCGUCUGGUACCGCAUCCUCCCCGGUCCGCGCGUCGGAGUCAAACCGGUGAUAUUCAAGCUGAUACCCGGGCACCAGACCGUCUGUAACGCGGUGUCGUCGCGGUUCCAGACGCUCACAUUCAUCUCUUGCUCUUUUUUAUUCCUAAACUUUCAGAGCUUCAGUUUUUUGUUUUGUUUUUUUUUAUUUUUGGCGGAAGACAAGCACCUGAAAAUGAACGAGAGUUUGGCGCUUAGGGAGUACGAUUUCGAGCGGCGAUUCGACGAAAGACGAGCUCUGGAAUGGAUGCAGGAAAACUGGAGCAAGUCAUUUAUGUUCUGUGGCCUGUAUGCUGCACUCGUAUUUGGCGGUCAGCACUUCAUGAGAGAAAGGCCAAAGCUGAACCUGCGUCGCCCGCUGGUGCUGUGGUCACUCAGCCUGGCCAUCUUCAGUAUCAUAGGAGCGUUCAGGACUGGAUUGUACAUGCUACACGUCCUCACAACCAGCGGCUUCAGACAGUCUGUGUGUGACAUCAGUUUCUACAGUGCCCCCGUCAGCAAAUUUUGGGCCUAUGCUUUUGUGCUUAGCAAGGCCCCAGAGCUGGGUGACACAGUGUUCAUUGUUCUCCGAAAGCAGCGCCUCAUCUUCCUGCACUGGUACCAUCACAUCACUGUGCUGCUCUACUCUUGGUACUCCUACAAAGACCAGGUGGCAGGCGGAGGCUGGUUCAUGACCAUGAACUAUGUGGUCCACUCCUUCAUGUACACGUACUACGCAGCGCGGGCGGCCGGCCUACGAGUGCCCCGUCCCUGUGCCAUGAUCAUCACAGCCACGCAGAUCAUGCAGAUGGUGAUGGGCCUGGCCGUCCUGGGCUUGGUCUACCACUGGAUGCAUGAGGUGCGCUGUCCGUCCUACAUGGACAACAUCGCCUGGGGUUCUCUUAUGUACCUCAGCUACUUGAUCCUUUUCGCCUUGUUCUUCUACAACUCCUACCUCAAAGGCUCCUCAGGAGACAAAGGGUCCAAGGCAGAGUAGCAUGUCUGUACUGUGCUUUGCAGUCAUAUUAAAGUGUGCCAUAAGACAGUAGUAAUGAUCGACAGUGGUGGGUCAGGAACAUACAAGUCACAGCUACACCACUGGUUGCUGGUUCCUCCUCUUGUUAUGAAAUUUUCAAUUGACUUUUCAUAGAGGUAUAUCUGUAGCACGUGAGAAUGAAACAACCAUAGAACAGUAGAGCUUUAGGAAAGAGGAGACAGCUUUGAAAACAGCACAUUUUAAUAUGAUUUCAUUACUAGUGUGGACCAUUGGAGGAAUGGAGGAGUACAGUGUUUGUGUUAGACAGACAGUACUCCAGUAAAUUAUUACCUUGGUGACUUAAACUCUUGACCAGUAUCAAAACCAGCCAUGUGAGGGCCAGUAUAUUCUCUGUUUGUAUGUUGUAACAGACAUAAAUACUCUGAACUUAGAGAAAAGUCCAUUGAAAUAGCUGAAAUGUUUAGAUAAUAGGUGAACUCUUCAUUAAGGUACACAUCACCAUUAAUUUAUUGCUUGUUAUUAUGGUAGCACAUUGUCUCUGUGUUAUUCAUGGUAAACCACUUAUGGAUGCCUUAUUCUGACUAUAUUCUGCAACUACUAGUGAUUUUGUUUGGUGUUACAUAGGAAUACAGCAUAUUUAUUGAGUGCUAUCAAUGACUUUAUUUGUGACAGUAACACUUUAUAUUGGCCAUAUAAAGCAAAACUAAUAAGAUUAUAAUUUAUAAAUAAUCCUUGACCUUACUAUCACUAAUAAUUUAACAGUAAAUAGUUGGUGAUUGAGAAAAAACUGUUAGUUAAUGGCGUAGUAGUUAUAGAAUAUGGUCUUGCAGAAUCAAGCAUUACUAAGUAUUUUAUAAUGACUAAUGAAGAUAUGAAUAAAUAUGCUCCUAAUACGUAUGCUAAUGAGUAGCUAGCUAAUGGUGAAUGUGUGUAUUUCAGUAUAGUGUGACCAACUAGGUUUCGUCCUAGCACAGCUACGAUUUACAAGACAGUGAACCAAAAGGGAAUGAAGACUGUAUUGAAGAGGGAUGUUUUUAUUUUAAUUCUGUAGGAUAUGCACAUCUGAAAAUGUUAAUUUCACUCAUCACUGAGCUGCUCAUACAGCUUUGAACAUCUAUUCUAAAAUAACUUGUACGGCUAUGGGAAAUGACACAAAAAUGCAUAUUUGUUAGUUGUUAUUUAAAGGAAACAGCAUCAUAGAUAUUUUUAACAUGGUAGAUAAAGCAUAAUUAUCCGCUGUUGCUCUUAACCCACAUUUUCGGGACGAUAAGAUCUAAGAGACGAGCGCAUUCCUCAGAUGACAACCGUCCCAGUGUAAGUUUCUUCCCAGAAAGGUUACGUGAUAUGUUUAACUUGCCCUUUCAACUCUGCCUGUUUUUUUUUUUCUCAACUCUUAUGUGAAAUUAUGUUUACACACUGUGCACAUUUUGCCUUCAUCACCUCACUUGACAACAUGCACUGAACACACCUCCUGUCUGCAUCUUUACCAGUGGUAUUUACACGUAUAGACCUGCAAUUUAUGCUGUGAAAAUAGCAGUUUGUCCCCUAAUUUUAACUCAUACCUAAGCCGCAUUUCCCCUUUUCUCUCACUUGUGUCGAUCUCCCCACUUUCCAUGAAACUUUGAUAUCUACAGGUUGUACGGCAGUCGCUUAAAAUGUAGUCUGACAUCUAGGCCUGUAAAAACACUACAGACUACAUAAUACCUCUACAUAUAUGUUUCUCACACUGUACACUAUGAAAUGAUGUGUUUAACCGGUCAAAAAUAACUAUGAUUUCUUUGCUGUACUCAGAGAGCUGCUAAAAAAGGGAAGAUUUAAAGGCAUGAGGUGACAAGUGAUGAUCACUGUGUCCAAUGUAAAUAAUAAUAUUUAUUUUCUUAAUAUAUAAUGAAAUAGCUCUCAGUUGUAACUGUUGUUGUAGGGGUAAGUGUUUAGCUUCAUUUAUUCCUCUUCCCAUCAUUUCCAUAUUCCUCAUAUCUGCAAACAGACCAUUAUUUGCCUCUGUAAUAAGAUAUGGAGGAUAAUUUUAAUGAUGAGCUUUAAUACCUUUACAUGAAUUGAAUUUUUGAUGUGUAGGGUAAAUCCAUACCGUCCACUCUUUGUUUCAUUUAUUUCAGAAGCUGCUUCUCCAGCACAUUAGGCUUUUAUGAAGUUGUGCAGUUGUGUGUCAGUGCACCACAGAUUGAGCACUUAUUGUAGCUGCAGUUUACAGAUGUAAACUAUAGAGGGAUUGUGGGUAGGAAGAUGUUCUGUCAAUAUGUGUAACCACUAUUUCUGUUAUGUUUGAUCAAUGGCGACCUUUUGUCGUCCGUCAUGAAGGAAGUUUACAGUGCUGUGUGAACAUUACUGUGUUGGUGUGAGUGACAAUAUUACAGUUACUUUAGGUUGUUUAGGGCUUUUAAAGUAAUUUUACAAACUGACAAAUCUAUCUAAAACUAGGGUUUGAUUUGAACAAAAUUUCAAUACAUUUACACCUCUUUGAAUGAUCCGUUUUGUCCUCCAUCACCCUAACAAUAUAGUCUGAAAUUCUCAUUUUUGUUGUUUGUCUCUUCCAUUUUUCUGUCCACUGUCAUUUACUCAGACAAGAAAAUGAUGUAAAAACGUUUCCCUGUUUGUAAUGACUCUGAAUCUCUGACUUACUGUAACACAGUUAGACUUGAAAUAAGUAUGAGAAGUCAUUUGUGUGCCAAAAAAAUACUUGUUUUAUUUUCUAUCAUUGGUCAAUAUGAGAACACUUGUGUUGGUCUGUGGACUAUGUUUCCUGUUGUAAACCGUCAGAGGAUUUUAAUGUAAUCUGAACGAAAAACAGUUUAAGGGCUUUGUUGUUGAAAUGUUGUUAUAAUAAAUUCAUUCUGGUUUUAAAAUA